GACGAAAAUAAUGCUAUGCAGGCGGAGAGUGCAGGCUUGUGCUCUUCACUCGAAGAGCUUGAGCAUGAGAUAAAGAGAUUGAAUCACCGCAUAAGUCAUGAGAGCAUAUAUUUAGACGAGAAGAAGCGGCUGACCAAAGAAACUAAGACCCUUGAAAAAACCAGGCCGAAGGUCAGUUCCAAUGCUGCUAAACGAGCUAAAAUGCAAGAUACAGUUGUUGAAAGAGAUGCCAUACAGGAUCAGGUGAAAAUCAUCGGGGAUGGUAUAGAUGGAGUAAAGAAGGAGCGACAAGCGGUCAGGUCUAAGAUUAAGGUCCUGGAUAAUGAGAUGAAGGUUGUUGAUGGCGAGAUUGCUUUGCUUCAAGAAGAUUUAAAUGCAGCUACCGCCAGAAAGAAUAAAGCAUACGAGUCAUUGACCGAAUUGAGAAAAUUGUGUGAUCUUGCCAAUGCAUCCUUCCAUCAAAACCGCAUAGUCCUGAACAAAGCCAGGGAUUAUUCUUCUAGGAAUGCGGUGGAAGAAUUGCAAGAGCUUCACAAAACUGAGGUUGAGAAGUUCAUGACACAGUGGUGCAGUAGCAAGACCUUUAGAGAGGACUAUGAGAAGAGGAUUCUCACUUGACUCAAUGGAUGACAGCUGACCCGAGAUGGCCGGAUGAGGAAUCCUGAUGAGAAGCCCAUAUUUAUCGAAACACAGCAGCCAGUAGCACAAGAGCAUGUCCCAUCGAAAGCACCUUUGAAACAA